UUCGCUUCUCAACACCAGGCGGGAAGUUGACACUCCAUCUUUAAAACCCGCAACAACCCCCGCAUACACCCCAUACCGCAGACUGUAAACCGACGCAUUCCAAAUACAGACGAAGCAAGAACACGAUUAUAGCCAUUCCUUUUCCUUCCCCCGGACGGGACGCUGUUUACCAGCUAUAACACGCCAUGUCGUCCUAUAUCUCCAACCUCCUCACCAACACCACCUCCCGCUACAAUUCGCUACGGCGACAGCUUCUCUCCGACGAGACUGACGGCGACACCGAAGAUGAUUCGCACAUUUCGCGCGUGCUGCGCGCGUAUUACACCGAAAAAGGCCGUCCGUUUCCACCAUGGCUUCCUCCGGACCCCAAAGCACCUCAAGCCGCCCCCGCACAGUAUGCGAGCUCAGCAGGACGGCAACAGGGUGGCACUAUGGGUCGCGGCGGCGGCCUGAGUGACCUUUGGGAUGCGCCCCAGCAGUCGCAGCAGCAGGACCCUAUGUCACUGAGACGAGGCCAGGCACGGGGUGGUGGAGGCCCACGAGCAUUCCAGGGGCGGCCAGGCGUAGGAAAUACAUUCGCGCCCGAGUCGCAGGCUCAGGGUAGACCGCUCCCAAGUCAAAGAGCGGGAAGCUAUCAAAACUCACUUGCGGGGAGCAAUGCAGAGCCGUCACCGCCUCCGAGCUCCGGCUCUGGGUCUACAGCACAAGAACGAUUGAAGGCCAGGCUAUGGGGAAGGUCCACCAGUCCCGCUCCAAGCUCGUCGUCUACAAGUAGCAGUCCUGCACCGCCUCCUAGUUCGGGCGCGAGACGAGGCCCCUUUGAUCGACCUGGGCCACAAGGAGGAGGCCGACCACCUUACCCGGAAGACCGCAGCGGCGGGUACCAGUCAGGCGGUGGAGCACAACAGAAUCAAUACGGCAUGGCGGCGAACUCGCCAUGGGCCGGGAAUGAGGACCCCUAUGCGCCUGGUGGUGGUUACGGUGGAGGAUCACAACGUCCACCCCCCGGGAGAGGGACGCCAGGAGGGGGUCGCAUUGGCCUACCCAGCGGGCCGCGCAUGCGUCCGUAGCUGAUAACUAUGUUUAAGAAGUUCCCUGGUUGAUGUGUAUUCCCGCAUCCGCUGGGUUGGCAUGAUCUCGAGCUCGGAGUUAUUGGGUUACGUGGGUAAGCGGGUAUUGCAAGCAACGAAACGGCACGUAUCUCCUUUUCUUUCCAUUCGGCGUGUGAUAGACACAGAAUAUCCUUCUAGUAAUAUGCAGAGUAUCUACAACCUUCUCGAUGUCCC